GGCGCCAUUGCCAGUCUUAGCCCAUCAUAACAGCCACCAUCACCAUCCCCACCACAAUCACCAUGGCGGAGGCGACUAUCCGGGAGCGAUGUCCAAUGCAAGCAGCCUUCCCCAAUUUCAACCCCUGCCUCAUCAUGGGCAGCAACAAUUCUCGCCACCGUCGCACCCACCGCCACAUCCCCGUCUUGACCCUCCGCAAGUGACACGCACGUCAGAAGCAGAGGCAGACGAACCGGACGGCGAGGCGCCGCCUUCGUACGAGGCAGUCGUUACGACCCAUCCGAACCAAACGUUACCACCACAGAGAGUGGGAGAGGCCAACCGACCUCAGCAGGGCCAACAAAUGGGGCAAGGGCAUUUCAGACCCUCAGAUGGAGGGGCAGCGCAUCUGGUACCGCCGGGUCAGUCCCUCUAUCAUUACCCUUAUUCACAGCAGCACGCGUACGCACAACAAUCAUUCCCGCUUCACACAGGCCCUCCCGGUUCCCUGCCAUACGCACCAUACCCGCACCAAGGCUUCCCGCCGCAGCAGUCACACCCGCACUUGCACCACGGCAGCUUUGCCAAUGUCCAUGUCACAGGCCCUGGCCGGUAUCCACCGCCUGGUGCACUGGUACUACAACCAGGCGAUCCGCGAAUCGGUGGGCGGCUAUGUUUUCACUGCGAUGGCACAGGGACAAUUGAGGGGCUAUUCUUCGGCGAUGACAUUUGCGAGCGGUGUCAAGGCGUUGGUAGAUUGUUUGCGCCUUGAUGUUGCUCGGCAGCAGGAAGGGUAUAUUUUUGCGGCGUUGAGCUCGGAUAGAUUCCCUGCAAUGCAACG